ACCAGUCCUCUGACGGCGCAAACUUCGGUCACGUAGCAGACGUUUGACUGAUCUGAUUAGGGGAUGACGGGAGGUUGCAAGAAGCACAUGUGAGCGAAGAAGGCCAUGCCCCCUUUGUUCCAGAUGGCUGGAGUUGAGGACUUCUAGAGCCGCACCAUGUGUGAGACAAAGGCAUACGGAGAUAAGAAUACCCACGCGCAUCUCAUCUUCGAAGUGACACCGAGCUCAGUUCCGUAAAAGUAAAUUGGUCAAGAUGACUUUUCGAUACGAGAUCACAACCCCCAAUGGUUCUGGAGUACCGCACACUUCUGUGGACGAGUAUAUGAACGACAAAAUUUUUAUGGAAGACAUGCGAUCACUCGUUAUAGAUACGAUCAAUGACAACGAUGACACACCAACGUUAACACCACAAUCGGGAAGUUCGGCGAUGAUGGUAACCCCUCCCGGGAUGUCUACAUUCACGAUGUUCUCCAACCGCAACCGUCAAAGCAGCGAAAUCACUAUCACACCCGUGGUCGAGAGACCAAAACUGAGACGUUAUGCGAACACGGCACCAUCCGGAACAUUGCAGAUAUUUCCCCCUUCUCAACCACAGUUCACGCCGCAGCCUCCUAGACGAGCCGUAAGUUCAACCACGGCACACGCAUUCUCGAGGUCCGGCAGUAGGAAUCGACGUAGACAAUCGAACACGCUUCCUUUAACGACUAUAAAGAUGUCAAAACUUGGGAAACCAACAACGAGGUCGGUCAUCAGUAAGCGAGAAAGUAAAAGAAAUUCGGGGGGGACGAUGGGACUGAAGACUAAGCCUCUCAUCCAGAGGAUGUCGUCGCCACCAAAGGCGUUUGAGCUCCCUCCAGACUUGAAGCCUUCCUUUUCGGGGAGAGAUCGAGUAAAGGAGACUAUGAGGAUGAAAAACAUCAAGAGGAUAAAGAUAAAUUUCGACAACAUUGAGCCAAGAGAACUGUUUUUGACAUCAGCAUCAUCGAUCGUGAAUACGCCGAACGUAUUCUAUAGCGGGCCAGCGAGCGUGAGGACUAAGACUCCACCGAGUCCUGGGGGCAGCUCUACAAUUCAAAGGUGUACGACUUCGAGUAGUGCCACUCCUUUGGAAAUUGGUACACCCCCAAGAUGUUCCUCACCCCAAAGGAAGGCGAUAUUUCCAACGAGAACUUCGCCAUCCAGCUCACUGAGAAGUACUGCCUCGUCGAGAAGUGGCACUCUUUCUACGAGAACGAAGCACUUUUCGUUGCCACUAAGUCCAGUUGCGCAGUGUGUGCCAUGGAGGAGGUCGAUGGUGGUGGAAAACCCUCCGCGGAACAGGACCCCGGCACCACAAGAAAGAAAACCAGUGUACAUCCCGGGACCGAUUCAACUAGAAGAGAAAAUCUCUGUAACACCCAGAAGGAACUCAGUGGCAAAUUUGGAGCACUUUGACGAUGGAACUGUCCCGCAAGCCAAACGAUUCUCCGAUUUGGUCGUGCUGGAUAGCAUUACGAUGUACUUUGAGAUAUUCGGGGUUGCAACUGAGGCCUCAGAUGCCUGCUUGGACAGGUAUUGGUUGCGCAAUACAACGCACAGUCAUUGGGGCUCAGGUACAAGCGCGAAGAGCGCACGAAAGGGUACGCCUGCUGUGCUUCCGCCACCGAUUCCUUUGCCGCGCUCGGGUGGCAUUGCGACCACUUUUGAGGGGAUAUUUCGGUCUCAAAAGGUAUUGCGAGACGACGAAGUACAAGCAACAGCUUCUGGAACAGCGGGCCGUCGCAAGCCUCUGCUGCGACAGCUGUUAAAACCUAGUAGAAAAUCUGGUUGAGAUGGUGAGAGCUGUCAUUACCGGCAAGGACCUAGGUGACAGCAUGACAUCGUUGACAACACAGCACGACCGCGCGUUGCAAACGGCGGUUUUGAAAUAGCUCGAGACAGGAAAUUGAGACUUUUGAAAUACGAAAAGAGCAAAUUGCAUGUUGCUUCGAGUAGUGACAAGCCAGUGCGUGACGAUCAUCGGAAGAGGCCUCGACACG